CCUCGGUGCGGCGAAUGGAUUGAACCAGCGGUCAACGGCAGCGAGCACGUUCUCGCUAUCUGUCACACGACAUGCGGAGUCACGACAGAUAAAUAUUGGUGGCUGGUUGUUGGCAUCCAACCAGUCCGAGCCAAUACAGGGUACGCGCCUGCUCCGUUCUAGAAAGUCAUAUUUAUUUUUGUAGAAUUAAACGGGAGGAUUAUAUCGCAGGGAGAAGUGCGGGGUGCAGGCUGUAUAUUUUUGGAUCACAUUUGCUGGAUAGGAAUGGUCUUGGGCGAGGAGACCCUGUAAAUGUGUGUCAUGAACCUUUUCACCCCCUGAGUGACCUCAUAAAGGGAGCGCUUUCUCUUUCAAAAUGAUGCUGCAUAAGCAAUCGGCCAGUACCUCCCCGGGCACUGUUUGUUCUCUACGUGCAGGAGGUGGUCCUGGAACCCCAGCAGUCACUAUAGUGGCCAAAAUGGACAAUCAAGUGAUUGGGUAUAAGGAUCUAGCAGCUAUACCUAAAGACAAGGCCAUUCUAGACAUUGAGAGGCCUGACCUGAUGAUGUAUGAGCCCCACUUCAGCUAUUCACCAAUGGAUCGCUCAGAGAGGUCAUUAUCUCCUCGCUCUAUCUCCCCUCCUCCAUCUCCAGAGAACAGUCUAUCAAAGGACGUGCGGGAUUGGUCAGAGCCGAAGUCAUCGGGCAGCUCCUCUCCUGCCUCAACACAGCUGAGUAAAAGCAUCACCGUCAGCACAAAAGUCCCACAUCAGCAACAGCACUUCCACAGGCCAGACAACGGAAGCAACAUGUUCAAGAAGCCGCCUAUAUAUAAACAAGAUGUCUCAUCAGCUGUUCCGCACUCUAAACACAUGGAGGAUUUAAUCAUCGAGUCAUCGAAGUUUCCUGCCGCCCAGCCUCCAGACCCCAACCAGCCCUCUAAGAUAGAGACAGAAUACUGGCCCUGUCCACCCUCACUAGCUGUUAUAGAGACAGAGCGGAGAAAGAAUAUAGCAUCCAAGACAGCUGAGGGAGAGGAGGGUGAGGAGGAUGAUAAGUAUGAUGACAAUGAUCUGUCUGAAGACAUGUGGAGACUUCGGAAAAUGCAGAAGCAAGAGCUUAACAAGAUUCAGUCUAAUCUAGGAAAAUUGAUACUAAAGGAGGAGAUCGAGAGAUCGGCCCCUGUCCACAGGAAAACGCGGUCCCUGCCCGACAGGACACCCAUGCAUCUGGCCUCCAAAUCCCCCUCAUUUCCUUCCAACACUAAGACUGGGCUUACUAGGCUGCAGUCUGCUGAAUUCUCCUCUUCAAACAGUGAUAAAGGGAGUCUAAAUGCCCAAAGCAGAAGGAUAGACAGAGGGAAUUCACUCCCUAUUAUGCUGGAACAAAAGAUUUACCCACAUGAGAUGCUCAUUGUGACCCACAGAGGCAGAAACAAACUCCCACCUGGUGUAGACAGGACAAGACUGGAGAGGCACCUGUCAACUGAGGAAUUCCGGAAUGUCUUUGGAAUGUCCAUUGAGGAAUUUGACCGGCUCUCCCUUUGGAAGAGGAACGACCUGAAAAAGAAAGUCUCUCUCUUCUAAUAGUAGAGAAAUGCGUUCUUUUACAAACACUGUCACACAUCUGCACUUCCACUUGUGAAAACAGUACAAGCGAUGUAAGUUAAGGAAAGAUGAGGAAUGUGAUAUAAGGAAUGUGAUUAUGGAGCCAGCAAAAAAAAAAAAAAAUCAGUUAUCCUUAUCGUUUGAUAAGCCCCAUAUCUGAUUGCAGCUAACAAUCAUGUCUGAGUCAUUGAUGUUGCCUCUUUUUCUAGUUGCAGCUACUGUCAGGACUUCACUGAGGUUCCUCUCUGUGUGCUUUAUAAAGCUGAAAUGAUACACACAGACAUGAAAGCUAGCAGUACACAUGAAGCCGAUAUGAAUCGCACUAGUUAUUUGAGUAGACCAAAUUCAGAAGUUCAGAUGGACCAGCAGGAACCUGUGAGUUUCAUUCACUAUAAAGUCACUGCCACACUUUUCAGCCUUUAUGUGCUAAGUAUGAAUUACCAAGCCUUCAGAAUAUGGGUCAGUGACAUAACGCUCAUUUUGCCCCCCAAAUGUAUUCAUUUAUUAAAAUACAUUAAAAAAUGUGAUUCAUACAUGCAGUGACUUCAAUACUCCUCUUCUAUGAUGAGCAUGUUUUUUGGGGAGCAUACAGUAAAAAUGUCAGGGUGAUACGACUGUACCGAUAUAAUGAA